CGCAUUCAGUAAUCAAGAGUCGGCUGAGGGGAAAUGUUGUAUCACAGCCUAGCCACUGCUCUCGCCCGCCCAAUCGCUAUUGCUGGAUUCCAUCGGAGUGACACGUUUGUUGUCUCAUCUUACGACGGAAAGAUCUUCUGAUCCCCAGACCCAAGGGCGAGGAUGGCCCUCCACGGGAGACCGCAGACUCUGCUUGUGAGCGCAGCCCUGGUCGCUGCCUGUGGCUUCCUGCUCUUGGUUCCUCGGAUCGCCAGCGAGCUCAUAAUAGUCCACACCAACGACAUGUACAGCGAGAGCCUCCACGGGAAGCCAGUCGUCCAAUACAAGAAAUUAAAUACUUUUGUGCAUAGCCACUCUAUAGACCUCUCUUCCGACAAGGCCCUCACUGUGGAAGCUGGAACCCUCGGCUGCAUCCCUGUGCCAAAGUGUUUGGAGGAAUACAACCCGUGUCCCUUCGGUUCGAACGGCGAGAGGCGGAAGUUGGCGUCCCGCAAAGCCAACCAGACGGUCAUUCUACACAUAAAUAAUACGGAAACAAAUACAAUUGAAUUAAAGAAUUAUACUUUCGAGGUGGCCACUGAAUGCUUUUGCGAACCAGACCCAAGUGAGGACAGCAAGGCCCCUCCUUCAGAGGGGCCUUGCCUAUCAGUAUGUCAGUUAUUGAUAUUGCCAUGUUUUCUUUUAUUAAAAAUGACAUGACGAAUAUUUAGCAUACAGUGUGUGCAUUUGUACAAAGGACAUACAUUGGCUUCUGAAACAGUCCCAAGCUGCGCGUUGCAAGUUUGGAAAGCUUGGACCACCCGUCCCAAGAGCAGCUUACUCUCCUGUCCGUCUUUGAAAGGGCGAUUCACUCUGGCCGACGCGCAGGCCUGUCCAAUCUGACAUUUACUUCCGUUGUCUUAUUUCUAUACAUUAAACUGCAGCGUAACGUCCCUUAGGAAGAAAAUAAGCAAAGGAAGAGUUUGUAUAUAUAUAUAUAUAUAUAUAUAUAUAUAUAUAUAUAUAUAUAUAUAUAUAUAUAUAUAUAUAUAUAUCAAGUACCAUCUCCGGUCCGGAGGUUGGCAACCAGUUGCCUUCAACCAUCUCUGUCCUCAGCCUUUCUCUUUGCAUCUCCAGGCACGUUGGUUUGACUCCAUUCUGUGAUGUCAUUUCCCUAGGUUCUUCUUUACCUUCCUCUGUCACGCUUUCCUUCAACCAUUCCUUCGAGGACUGAGUUGGUCUCCAGACCCUCUCAAGAUGUGUCCAGCAAAUCUCCUGGCAAGAUCGUCUGCCCAUGCUUCAUUUAUAUUUAUUCUUCUUUUUACUUCAAUGUUGCUGACUCUUUCAGUAUAGCAUGAUGACUAUACGAAUUAUGGUUAGGUUGCAUUAUCAUGGUUGUACAAAGAGGCUAGUAGGUGAAGCAGGCCCCCAGAACUACUCCACCCGCAGAACAGCAGCCAAAGUCAGGAUAACUGACCUGCCUACUGUUAUCCUUGGAACUACCGUUGACCAUCGACAUGGUUCUUCCGCCAGUUCUAGGCACUAAUGUUGCUGCUGCCCAACUUUAGGAUAUGUAACCCCAUAUCUGGCACCCUUUCAGGUGCUACCUCUCUGGGUGAGAGAGGACCUGGGAGCAGUGAUGAUUAAGAGUCUCAUCACUGGAUGCAGUUUAUGGUUAUACCCAGGACAAAGGAAGAGUUUGGAGCCGGAAAAAAAUGGUCCAAAGAGAAUAAGAUAUUAUUAUUAUUACUUCUUUUUGAAGAACAAAGUUUGAGACUGUAUGGGGAUGAUUUUUUCGUGGAUUUUCAAUUCAACCCUUCGGUACAUGCUAUUGCAUUCAGUUUACAUGAAAUUUCAACUAAGAAAGCAAAAACCAACUUUCUAUUUUCUAAGUUACAUAAAUUAAGAAGUUUCCUUUGUGCUAUAUUCGCUACAUGAGAAUAUAUUUUUCUCAGGCAGCAUAAAAAUCCGCCAAGUAUUCUGUAUCCUCUCAAAUAUAGAGCAGCAUCGCAUUUCGUGCGCGAACAGCAGUUUGAUAUGAACAGAAGUUCGCCCUCGAAACGAUUCCACUCUGGCCGAUGCGCAGUCCUGUCCAAUCAGACAUUCCUCGCAGACUUUUUCAGAGAGAUGAACUGAUGGCAAGUCACAUGCUCAAGAUGCUUCCACAGUUCUGAUCUGUACAGACUAUACCAGAGUGCCACCAGGUCUUGUUCCAGUAUCAUUGCUCCAACUUGAAGGCACCGGCUCUGAAAACGAACAGUUUGGAAAUCGUUCUUGUGAUGGAGACCCCGAUAGUAGUGUGAGGUUUUCACCUCCCCCCCCAUCAUACCCAUCACCUACCCCCCCUCCACCUCCUUGCCCCGAUCCUUCUAUCCCUCUCGCCCCUUUAUUUGCACCCUCUUCCUGUCCCCUCGUUUUUUUCCUUCUCCACGGUAGUUUCUCCCUCUUCUACUCGGUUUCCUUGCUUGUUCUACCUUUUAUCUCUGUCCCUGGACUAUCCUGCCUCCAUCCUAUCCCUAUCCUGCCCUGUGUCCUGCUGCAUUUCCCCUCGUACCCCUCUUCUCGUUCCUUCGCCUUUUCACUUCCUUCUACUUCUACGCUGAUUUCCCCCUCUUCCAUUCAUUUUUCCUGCUUGCCCUGCCUUCUACCUUUUGUCAUAUCUUCUCCUUAUCCCUAUCCUUACCAGCAUCCUUCCGGAGUCCACAGGGGCGAGCACAGCCGGGCCACUUCCCUCCGCCAACCUCAUUUUUGCGCUUCUUUUUAUUUUUGUAUGACGCUGGCUCGUUUUACGUGUAUUUUACGUUUAUUUACACCUUUCUAAUUUAAAACCUUUAUUGAGAUUCUUUCGUUAUCCAUAUAUAUUUACGGUGCUUCGCGCGAUAUGCGGAUAACAGAACAUCGACACCUGCUGCGAAGGAAUCUUUCUUUCACCUUUUUUUUGUAUCUUAGGCUCAGUUUUACUUUUGAAUGUUUUUUUUUUCUUCUUUUUUUUGCAUAGUCAUCCUUUCCUUCUCUCUUAUCCAGCGAGAGAAAGUAACUUGUCUUAAGAUUUUUAUUAAUGAAUCGCAGCCGAUUGUUGUACGUAAUUUUCAUCAUAAUUAUAUAUAUUUUUUAAUGAUUUCUUUUAAAGUUUAUUGUUUUUUGUUAUUGGUUUAAUCUUCUGUAUAUUUUGUUUUAUUAUAACAUUCCCUAUUUAUUACUUUUAUUGUUUUAUGUGCUACGCUUCUAUCCGCGGGAGUUGAUGUAACCCCUAUGUUUUUGUUUAAUAAACGAAGUGUAUAUUC